AUGGUCACAACAAGGAUUGGGAUUAUAUGUAUUUUAUGUUCUCUUAUAUAUGUCUCAUCAAUUGAAGGAAGGAGAAAGGGAAGACGUCGUUCCAUGAUCGGAAUGCUGGACAAAAUAGAACCGACCAGUCAGUUCAAGUUCCCGAUAUCUUCCUUACUAGGACAGUCAUUGCCAGCAGAUAACGACAAGACAGCGGAAGCAGGCCAUAAAGUGAUAACAGGAUCAGUUUCCAAGAACCGACACAAACUGCCGUCACCUGUCUCCCUGAUGGGCAGUAGAUUGGCUGCCACAGAGAAUGGUUUCGUUAAGAAGAUGCAUGGUGGAUGUGGGCGAGGUACCUGUAUAAGGACAAUGGAAAGUUUAAUUAAAGCCUAUAGACGCCGUUCUAAAGUGCUAUUGUGUAGGAGGCUGAACCGUCACAUGGACUGUCUGAAUUACAAACUGCAGAAAUGUCCUAUGACGUAUUGGCGGGCCGUGCGCAUGCUCAGACGUGCAUUCGGGGAAUAUUUAUGGCGUUGUAAUAUUGAAAUCCCAAUCCGCCUGGACAUUGCUCUACAAAAACAGAUCCCAAAGUUUGUUGAUGACGUCGCAACCCAUGACAGUGCUAAAAUACUUCCUGAAAACUAUCCAGAGGAAUUAGGAAACUAUUUUGAAAAGGACGAUGAUUUUUAUGACGACGAUGAUGACGACGAUUACGACGAUGAUAUGCUAGAUGAUGACCAUUAUGAAGAUGAUAACGAUAUUAAGGAAUUUAAAGAGAAUAUGAGAAAACUCGUUAAAGCUGAUGACAAGUAUCUAGACAGACAUGAUGAUGAGGAGGAUGACUAUAUGGAUUACGAUGACCACGAUGAUGACGAUUAUGAGAUUGAUGACAUAUUAGAAGAUAAGAAAGAAGCUUUAGAAGAUAUCAUUGAGAAAACAGAUGCCAUAGAUGAUGUAUAUGACGACAUAUUAGAAGAGAAGAAAGAUAUUCUAGAAAAUAUCAUCGAUAAGAAAGAUGACAUUGAUGAUAUAUACGAUGACGUCGAUGACUAUGAUGAAGAUGAUAUAGAUGACGAUGAAAUAGAUUUUACUAACGAUAUCGAUGACAUAUACGAUAAUGUCGACGAUGAUAAAGAUCGUGAAAUUAUGGAGAAAGAUGCUGAUGAUGACGACGAUGACGAUUAUGAAAAUAGCGAUGAUAAUGAUAUAACAGAUCAUAUAGAAGAUGUUAUCGAAAAUAUGUAUGAAAAUGAUAAUGACGAAGACGACACUGACGAUGCUAAAGGCGAUGAUGAUAACUAUGACGACAGAGGUGAUGAUGACAAUAUAAGAGAAAGAUAUAUUGAUGACGACGAUAAAUACGACGAAUUAGACAAUGACGAUGAUGAUGCUGACGACCAUUUUGACUAUGACGACAGGGAUAAUGAGGAAAUUGACGAUGAUGUUUAUGAAAAUAGACUUGACGACGACACCAUUAAAGAGAAAUUCUUUGAUGAUGAUCGUUAUGAAAACGAUGAUCAAGACGAUGAUUAUGAAAAUGAGAUUGACGAUGAUGAUCAUGAUACUAGUGACGGUAAUCGUCAUGACUUCGAUGAUCACUAUGAUGAUGACCAUGAAGAUGAUGUUGACGAUGAUGACCAUUUUAACUUGGAUGAUCGUGACGAUGAUUAUGAAAAUGAUGAUACAGACGAUAUCAAUGACUUUGAGGAUAUUGACGACAUGCAUGAAAAUAAUGAUUACAGUUUGGAAAACGACAAUGCUAAUAAUGAAGUUGACGAUGACAAAAUACCAGAUACUGAUGACGAUGAUAUCGUCGUUUUGCCCAUGCAACUAUAUAACCGAUUGGCAAGAAGAGCUAUCGUUUCUCGUCGAUUUCAGCACUUGAACAAAUUAUUCAAAGGCAUACCGAACAAAAUCAUUGGCCCUAUCAAAGGAAAACGGACAUAUUUUGAUAAUAGAAUUCCAAUCUAUAGACGGAUCAGACCAAAGAAGAUAAACCGAAGCCCAAACGUCGAAUUGGCGAAGUUGGACGGAAAAUAUAUGUAG